AUGGCUAAAAAUAGUCAUGAGUUAUCCCGCAAUGCCUCUCGCCCACCGCAUCCUCCGUCGCGCUCGUCCUCCAAACCGCCGCUGACGCUGUCUCGCUCGCAGUCCGAUCCUGUGACGUCCGCACAGUCCUCUGGCUCAGAUCUCCCGGUCCCGCCGUUGUCUAGGAGGAACGGCAGGACCGGGAGAGACGACGAUGUUGAUGUUGAUGAUGAUAAUGACCAUGGCAAUGGCAAUGGCAACGACCACGACCAUGACGAUGAUGCAACCUCCUCUCCCUCGUCGACUGUCGUCCCGCCCUCUCCUGCGUCUUCUCGCUCGCCGUCUGUCCUAUCCAACCUCUCUUCCUCUCAUCACCACCAUCAUCACCACGAUGAUGACGAUGAUGACAACCGCCAAGACAACGACCCCCCUUCCUCAGACCGCGCAGCGCUGCAUCCCCGCGUGGCCGUCAUCCUAGGCGUCGACCGCAAGUGGUACGUGCCGCUGCUGGUCUGUCGCGCUCUGAGCGUCGUGCCAGCAGCCUGGUGGGGGUUGCGCUGUGCCUUCACCUUCCUGGCCGAGCUGCUGCGGAUUCGCGUGGGCAUGUGGCGUGAAGGAUGGGCGGCCGCGAUCGUGGGGAGCAGCCUGGCUGACUGGGAUGUGGAACGGAGAUUUCGAGUGACGGAGGUAGCGUUGGCGAUUAUGUGGGCUCCUGAACUACAGUCCCCCGGCAGUGGUGAUCCGCCUACUCGCAACCAACGGCCUCAUCGCGUAUCUGACCUCCUGGGUGUUGUAUCUAUCCGGCGCUUCGUCCGAUCCACGACUCCUUCUGCCAGCCUGGAUCUCCAUCACGACGACCCUCACCUUCCUCUACCACGCCACCCAAAACCACGCCAUGAUCAAGCGCGAAACCACCGCCUCGCUCUCCGUCCUCUCCGUCGCCAGCUUCAUCAGCAUGUCCCUCCUGCUUCUCCAACUGCAUCUGACGCGCGACAACGAGCCCGAGGUGCCGGCCUUUGUCAUGGGUCAGAAACUCUGGGAGUGGAUCACGGCCACCAGCAGUACUACCAGCACGUCUUCGUCCUCGUCUUCUUCGACAUAAACAUAAACAUACAUAGAUAG